AUGCGUUCUUCCGGCCUCCUGUUCGCGCUGAGCGCCUGCACGGCGUUCGCCUCGGCGGCGUCGGACUACCACGAGCAGCUCCUGCUUCGACCUCUCCCGCAGGACACGCUCCUUGCGUCGUUCAACUUCCGCAGCAACGAGAGCCAAGCCUCGUUCGCGCAGCAAAACUUCCGCCAUGUGCCCAGAUCGCUCGGCCAGAUCCUGCAGCAUGCCCACGCGCAGGAGCUGCACCUGCGAUUCAGCGUGGGGCGGUGGGAUGCCGAGAACUGGGGUCGCCGGCCGCACCAGGGGUCCAGAGAAGGAGGAACCGGCGUGGAGCUGUGGGCGUGGAUUGCCGCUGAGAGCGAAGAGCAAGCAUUUGCCCGCUGGCUCACCCUCACCAAUGCGCUGUCUGGCCUCUUCUGCGCCUCCCUGAACUUCAUCGACGCCACCAAGACGAUCCGUCCCGUCAUGGCCUUCUCGCCGGAGGGCCACCAUCGAGACGCGCCAAACCUGCAUCUGCUGCACGGCACCCUGCCCCACGAGGUCGUCUGCACCGAGAACUUGACGCCCUUCCUCAAGCUGCUGCCUUGCAAAGGCAAGGCUGGCAUCUCCAGCCUCCUGGAUGGCCACAAACUGUUUGACGCUUCGUUCCAGACCAUGGCGAUAGACGUGCGUCCCAUCUGUGGCCUCGAAACCGGCGAGUGCUCGUUGGAAAUGGAACAGAGUGUGGACAUGGUCCUGGAUAUUGCUCGAUCGAAGCGCCCUCGCGACAAUCCAAUCCCUCGUCCGCUCCCCAUCGACCAAAUAGAGUGCGACACGUCCAAGGCAUACAAUGCGCACGACACCUGCUUCCCCUUGAACAAGGGAGGGACAGAGCCCGGGUGGACUCUCGAGGAAGUUUUUGGAAGACCUCUGAGGGGUUCAUGUCCUUUGGUCGAGGAUGCUGAAGACGGCAACAGUGUGUGCAUCAACGUACCGCCGGAACGCACCGUACAUGCCAAGUCUGGAGGUGAGUUCAGCGAGAGCAGGCUUGCCUCCGACACCCUUCGCUGCUACAAGCUUCCAGUCGGCGCAGAUUUCGAUCUUGUCUUGCCAGAGCAAAAGAUGACGACCGGACUGGUCCGUUCAGACCCUCCGCUUUUUGCUGCUCGCUCGAUCAACGGCCAUGGUCAGGAGCGUGGCAGCACACAGGCGAUUAUCAGGAACCCCUCGACUACCGAGGCGGUCGAGUUUGUUUACCUGGAGUCGCUACCUUGGUUCAUGAAGCCUUAUCUGCACACACUACGUGCUCACGUCGACACAUCCAGCGAGACUCCCAUCAAGGAGACAUACUACAGACCGGCUUUGGAUAGGCAGCGUGGCACUCAUCUAGAGCUACGCAUGGUCAUUCCACCUGGAUCCACUCUUACACUGACGUACGAGUUCGAGAAGGCUAUCCUCCGCUACACUGAAUACCCGCCCGAUGCCAAUCGAGGCUUCGAUGUCGCGCCGGCUGUCAUUCGUAUCCUUUUGCCUCAGGCCGCAGACAAGAAAGGCAUCUACAUCAGGACGACAUCGCUCCUGUUGCCCCUCCCAACACCUGACUUCAGUAUGCCGUACAACGUCAUCAUCCUCACCAGCACAGUCAUGGCGCUUGGUUUCGGCAAUAUCUUCAACUUGCUGGUUCGCCGCUUUGUGGGCGCCGAUGAGGUUCCUACGGCCGCUGGAGGGCUCAAGGGUAUUCUUCAGGCAAGUAUCGCUGGCAUCAGGGCCAAGCUUGGGACGGCUUAA